UACUAGCAGCCACUGGUGACACCGCAUGCUCAUCCAAGAAAUGAGCACGCGCUACCUCUGCUCCUCUCCCUCUUCCCAGACCAGUCACACUCCCCUCUUGACUCUUGUCUCCACUCCCCGAGGACGGGGGCAAGAACGCGCGCCCCAAUGCGCCACCACCACCUCCCCCUCUUCGUCCUGCUCGCCGCGCUCGCCGUCAGGCAGACGGCCGGCGGCGACGCGGACGCGCUGCUUGCGGCCAAGGCCGUGCUCGAUGACCCGACCGGCUCGCUCGCGUCGUGGUCGAACGCCAGCACCGGCCCCUGCGCGUGGUCCGGCGUGUCCUGCGACGGGCGCUCCGGCGCGGUCGUCGGCGUCGACCUCUCCGGGCGCAACCUCUCUGGUGCCGUCCCACGCGCCUUCUCCCGGCUACCCUACCUCGCGCGUCUCAACCUCGCCGCCAACUCGCUCUCCGGUCCCAUCCCGCCGUCUCUCUCCCGGCUCGGGCUCCUCACCUACCUCAACCUCUCCAGCAACCUGCUCAACGGCUCCUUCCCGCCGCCGCUCGCUCGGCUCCGCGCGCUCCGGGUUCUUGAUUUGUACAACAACAACUUCACCGGCUCGCUCCCGCUCGAGGUCGUCGGGAUGGCGCAGCUCCGGCACCUCCACCUUGGAGGGAACUUCUUCUCCGGGGAGAUUCCGCCGGAGUACGGCCGGUGGGGGAGGCUGCAGUAUCUCGCCGUCUCCGGAAACGAGCUGUCCGGGAAGAUACCCCCGGAAUUGGGGAACCUGACGAGCCUCAGACAGCUCUACAUAGGCUACUACAAUAACUACUCCGGGGGGAUACCGGCAGAGCUGGGGAACAUGACGGAGCUUGUGCGGCUCGACGCGGCCAAUUGCGGCCUCUCCGGCGAGAUCCCACCGGAGCUCGGGAAUCUCGCGAAGCUGGACACGCUGUUUCUGCAGGUGAACGGGCUCACCGGCGGCAUCCCGCCGGUGCUAGGUCGACUCGGGAGCCUCAGCUCGCUCGACCUGUCGAACAACGCGCUCUCCGGCGAGAUUCCGGCCACCUUCGUGGCCCUCAAGAACCUCACUCUGUUCAACCUCUUCCGAAACAGGCUCAGGGGUGACAUCCCCCAGUUCGUCGGCGACCUGCCCGGCCUCGAGGUAUUGCAGUUGUGGGAGAACAACUUCACCGGCGGCAUCCCGCGCCGCCUUGGCCGCAACGGCCGCUUCCAGCUGCUCGACCUCUCGUCGAACAGGCUCACGGGCACCCUCCCGCCGGAGCUCUGCGCCGGAGGCAAGCUGGAGACGCUCAUAGCACUCGGCAACUCGCUCUUCGGUCCAAUCCCGGAUUCUCUCGGGAAAUGCAAGGCGCUCACCCGCGUUCGCCUCGGCGAGAACUUCUUGAAUGGUUCAAUCCCCGAAGGUCUAUUCGAGCUGCCGAAUCUGACCCAGGUGGAGCUCCAGGACAACCUCCUAUCGGGCAGCUUCCCUGCUGUGGUGAGCGCCGGCGGGCCAAAUCUUGGGGGGAUCAGCCUCUCUAACAACCAGCUCACCGGCUCAUUGCCCGCAUCCAUUGGGAGCUUCUCUGGGUUGCAGAAGCUGCUUCUUGAUCAGAAUGCGUUCACCGGCGCAAUACCGCCGGAGAUUGGACGGCUACAACAGCUGUCCAAGGCCGAUCUCAGCGGCAAUUCAUUCGAUGGUGGCGUGCCGUCGGAGAUUGGGAAAUGCCGGUUGCUCACCUACCUUGAUGUUAGCCAGAACAAGCUGUCUGGAGAUAUACCACCGGCUAUUUCCGGCAUGCGGAUACUGAACUAUCUGAACCUGUCCCGGAACCAGCUUGAUGGUGAGAUACCAGUAACCAUUGCUGCAAUGCAGAGCCUCACGGCCGUGGACUUUUCAUACAACAACCUGUCUGGGCUCGUGCCGGUGACUGGACAGUUCAGCUACUUCAACGCCACGUCCUUCGUCGGCAACCCAGGCUUGUGUGGACCAUACCUUGGGCCAUGCCGCCCUGGUGGUGCUGGCACAGACCAUGGCGCACACACUCAUGGUGGACUGUCCAGUAGCCUCAAGCUGAUAAUCGUCCUCGUCCUGCUUGCCUUCUCCAUUGCAUUUGCUGCCAUGGCAAUCUUGAAAGCCCGGUCACUCAAGAAAGCCAGCGAAGCGCGUGCUUGGAGGCUCACCGCGUUCCAGCGCCUUGAAUUCACCUGCGACGACGUGCUGGAUAGCCUCAAGGAGGAGAACAUGAUUGGCAAAGGUGGAGCCGGGACCGUGUACAAGGGGACGAUGCCAGACGGUGACCAUGUUGCAGUCAAAAGGCUUUCCACGAUGAGCCGUGGCUCGUCGCAUGACCAUGGUUUCUCUGCCGAGAUACAAACUCUUGGGAGGAUUCGGCACCGGUACAUUGUGCGGCUGCUUGGCUUCUGCUCCAACAACGAAACUAAUCUCCUGGUGUAUGAGUAUAUGCCUAAUGGCAGCCUGGGGGAGCUACUCCAUGGAAAGAAGGGCGGCCACCUGCACUGGGAUACUCGAUACAAGAUAGCUGUUGAGGCUGCCAAGGGGCUAUGCUACCUUCAUCACGAUUGCUCACCACCCAUCCUGCACCGCGAUGUCAAGUCGAACAACAUUCUCCUCGACUCUGAUUUUGAAGCACAUGUUGCUGAUUUCGGGCUUGCCAAGUUCCUGCAGGACUCUGGCACAUCAGAGUGCAUGUCAGCCAUUGCUGGUUCUUAUGGCUAUAUUGCUCCAGAGUACGCAUAUACUCUCAAGGUGGAUGAAAAGAGCGAUGUUUACAGCUUUGGCGUAGUGCUUCUUGAGCUGAUUACAGGAAAGAAGCCGGUAGGGGAGUUCGGUGAUGGCGUCGACAUUGUUCACUGGAUCAAGAUGACAACUGAUUCCAAAAAGGAGCAGGUUAUCAAGAUCAUGGACCCAAGGCUCUCAACAGUGCCCGUGCAUGAGGUAAUGCACGUCUUCUAUGUGGCGUUGCUUUGUGUUGAGGAGCAGAGCGUGCAGCGACCCACAAUGCGAGAGGUGGUGCAAAUCCUCAGUGAGCUACCCAAGCCGAUUGCGAAGCAAGGAGGGGAGCAGCUUACUGGUAGUAGUGAUGGUGACGAGCCUGGUCUUUCAGGACCUCCUGAAACUGUGGAGGUUGCAACCGAUGAAGCAAACGAGCAGCAGCGACCGAGCUCACAGUCUUCGCCGCCUCCCAGUCUCAUCAGCAUCUGAAGAAUCAUUAUGCAGAAUUAUUGCCAUUUUGUUUGUCAAAAUUGAAUGUUAAAAUCCUGUUAUGUUAGGAUUUGGUAUGCAGUUCUUUGCAUUUAGGGUGUGGGGCGUAGGUCUCUGGCUUUCUAAUUUUGCUGUCAAGUUGAAUUGUUCUCUUAGAUGCUCUUAUUUGUGCUGUAAAUAUCAAGUUUUUUUUUAAUCUCUACUUUCUUGUUACAAUCAAGAGACUGGUCAUGGAGUUGAGAGAUUAGUUAUCGUGGAGCUAUCCAGCUUUCUUGUCCAAUGUGGGCACCAAAA